GCACGUUUGGCUGCCUCAAACUGUCGCCAUCAAUUGGGCAAGGAUAACGCGAGAGCUCUGUAUUUGUGUGCGAUGGUUUUUGCAAAAGAUGAAACGACAAUUAAGGAUGCACAAAAACUAUUAGAAAAGGCAAUCUCAAUUUCACCGCACUUAUUGGAUGCAGUGUUUUUAUUGGUGGAAUUGUAUGAUCGAACGCAAAAUUACGAAAAAGCAAUUACACUGUUGAAGAAACAAGCUGAAACAACAGUGAAUAGUCGACUCCAUCGUUUGCUUGGCGAUUUCCUGUCGAAAACGAAUCGACCCUUGGAUGCACAUCAUCAGUACAGGUUACGAUUAUGA